CAUUUGGCCACAAAGUUUUAAACAAAAAGCACAUAGCAUAAAAAUGCUGCAAAAUGGAAAAUUCAUUUCGUUAUUGUAGUCAGAACUCAAACCAACCGCUAAAUGAAGACUUUUAUUUAGAAGACCAGAUUUUACGAAAUUCACAAAGAAACUAUACGUUUAGCAGAGAUCCGGAUACUAAUAGAACAUAUCAGCGGUACAUGGCAACCCUCGUCCGUGUGCAAAAUGCCUUGCAUCCAAGAUAUCCCCACAGCAGCACUCUAAAUAUUCAGGCCACACAUAGCCGUAUUUCAGGUGGUGGAUUCUGCAAGAAAUCCAAUAAAUCUGGAAAGGAAAAACAAAAUAAAAAAAAGCAAUGCCCCGACCAGCAAAACAAAACAGCUAAGCCUGCUUGCGAAGCCGCUAAGCCCUCAAAGCAAACUGAUUGCAGCACGGAUGAUGAAUCUUUCUGCCAGUGCAAUAAAAGUGCAGCGGAUAAAAGCCCGAAAAAACACUGCAAUUCUAUGCCGGAACCCAAUAAGUCCCCAUGCUGCAGUGGACAUGAGAACCAGCGCAAGAGCUGUGUGUCCUUUGAAGAGCCCAUGGCCAAGGAUAUUCCCACAGUUGAUCCGCACUACCGGCACUCCUCAUGCUCGGAGCCCGAUGAAUCCUGCCUUUCCGCCGUCAACGUUUGCUGUGGCCAGGAGCCACACGGGGAUAUCCCAAAACCACGUCCCGAUGAACCGCCGAAAGAGAUGUCCAGGAACCACGCAGGCUCACGAAUUUGCAUGAGACCGAUGAUUGUGGUGCCCACGGGUGGGGGAACUAAACAAUUUAAGAAGCAUCAAUCUAAGAAUACCAAAGCAGUUAGCCAAGAUCACUCCAAGUCACAUUCUGCAGCUCAGCAGAACCAGGCAAAGAGGCAGCUCCCUGAAAACGAUUCUUCAACAAGCUGUUGCCAGUCUACAGUGGAAAUCGAAGAGACUUGUCCAAUUUCAAGCUGCACUUCCCAUAUCCAGGAUGAUUUCUGUUGUUUCUAUUUACCAGAGGAGCCCCAUUGCUCGACGAAUCCACCGCCAUGCUCCAACUGCCCAGCUAUAUGCGAUUUAUCCAAGCAGUUGGAGGAAAUGAAUCGUCGUUUGGAGGGUCUUCAGAGCCAGGAACUCUGCGAUAUCCGCUCGCAGGUGAAUAGCCUGCAUGCCAACGUUCAGAGUUUGGCCAAUGAGUGUAUUCAGAAAAAGGAAUGCGCCAAAAAGCUGGUGGAGAAGAACUCGAGCACCUGCCAGUUCUGUCAAGGGCAGUGUUUGAACAUACUUAAUAGUUUCCACUGCCAACUGAUGGACUGUAUUAGGGAUCGUUGCCUGACAGACCUUGUGAUAACCUUAUUUCUACGAGCAGAUAAUGUCUAUCACGUAAAUGUUAGGGAUCUGAGCUCUGGAUGUUCGCUUGGUUGCUUCCUGGUCACUGAUGCGGGCAUUGAGGAGGCCAUGGAGCUGGGAGUUUUCCAGGAGAUACUCACCUUCAGUGUAAUUGAUGUGCGGAAUACCAUCAAGUCGAAGAACGGCCCCUUGGGCAUCUCCUUUGAAUACCAUCAUGCAAGUCGGCAGAGCGGUGGUUGCGACUCUCCACUUCGUGGAACUUGCAUGGCGGGCAAGGAAUACAUCUCCAGGGUUCUCGGUCUUCCUUUGGAGCAGCUAGAGUACGUGUACUCCAUUCCACAAUCCUAUAGCAAAAAGAUACCCAGUAGCCAUUUGGGAGUCGAGCUACCUGCAAUUCAGACACACUCAGUUUCCACUCAAACAAGAUUGAAGAGAAAGUCAGUCAGGUGGUAGGAAAGCUGUCAAGGAAACGAUCAAUAUGGAUGCAGAUAAACAGGAAAUGGAAAGGGCGAAUAACUAUACCCCUUAGAAACCAAAAAUGCUAUUUUAAAUUGUAGCAAAAGAUUUCGAACGGCCCACUUAAAACCUAUUUUUCAAAUUUUUAAUAAAAGGCAACCCGUUUUUAAAUACAUGUUUAUA